AUGCUCAUCUCAAUCUGGCCUGGCGGAGUUCAACUCCUCAUCGCAGACGCAACUGCCAUCAAAACUGCUCGCUCGUCCCAGGAAGUCGCGCUAGCUCGAACACGGUUCCUUAAACCAGUCGAGCUCUACGAGGUCGUCAACCUUCACGGAAACAACCUUCUUACUGCCGAAGGGGACGACUGGAAGAGGUACAAGAAGGUCGUGUCUCCUGCCUUUUCUGAGAGGAAUAAUCGUCUCGUAUGGGAUGAGGCGAUUGAGGUGACGUCUCAACUCUUCUCGGACGUUUGGAAGAACCAGGACCAAGUCACAGUCGAGAAUUGCUUGAAGGACCUCACGCUUCCGCUGACCCUUGCUUUGAAAGCGUUCGGAAAGAAGAUCACAUGGAACGAGGAGCGUACUUGCCCUCCAGGGCAUGUCAUGACAUUCAAGCACGUCUUAGAAGUAUCAGCGGACGUUAUCAUCGUCCGCGCUGCCUUCCCUCAGUUCAUUCGGAAGCUGGUACCGAGUUUGAGAAAAAUGGACACCGCGUAUGAUGAGCUCCAGCUGUACAUGAAGGAACUCAUCCGUGCUCGAUCCGAGUCUGCUGAUGCGGUCGAGCGUCAUGACUUACUGAGUCUCCUCGUAGAGCACAGCGACGAGGAUAAAGCCAAUCCACUGACGGAAGACGAAGUCAUGGGAAACACAUUCUUAUUCCUCGCCGCUGGACAUGAGACAACAGCCCAAACGCUCUGUUUUGCGUUUGCUUUACUGGCUCUCCACCCUGAUGAGCAGGAAGCGGUAUAUCAGGAGAUAAAAUCGGUGAUCCCGGAUGCAACCUCGCUUACAUCCGAAAUUCCAAAGGUCGCAGCGGAAGAUACAGUCUUAACGACUGGAAAUAUGGCCGGAGAGACGAAGAAGAUCCCCGUGCCUAAAGGCACCCGAGUCAGUUUUGACAUUCCUGGAAUCCACUAUAACCCGAGAUACUGGAAAGACCCACUCGAAUUCAAGCCAAGCCGUUUCCUCGAGCCCGACUGGCCUCGAGACGCAUUCAUAGCCUUCAGCGUCGGACACCGCUCGUGCAUCGGGCGACGCUUCUUCGAAAUUGAGGCUAUCGCUGUAAUGGUGAUGCUCCUUUCCCGAUACAAGAUUACCAUCAAGGAGGAAGAGGAGUUUAGAGGUGAGACUUGGGAAGAGAAGAAGGCGAGGAUUUUGGCGUGUACGAUGGGUGGGACUUUGACGUGA